AUGUCGAGUAGUUUUAUUGGUAGUAAAAUUGCGAUUAUUACCAAAUCUCAAUGUCGAUAUGUUGGAACAAUUAUAGGCAUCGAUUCUCAAGCGUCAUCGAUACUUCUUGGAAAUGUACAAUGUUUUGGUACAGAAAAUCGUGGAGGAAAUUUUUCUAAUAAUCAAAUUGCUGGUACAAUUGUACCUAUAAUGCAAUUUGCUAAUAGUGAUAUUGAAGAUUUAAAAAUUGUUGAUGAAGAACAAACAGUCGAAAGUCAACAACAAAAAUCAUCAUCAUAUUCUAUGCCUAUUUUAUCAUCACCACCACCACCACCACCACCUCAAAAACAAUCAUCAAUACAUGAUGAUCCAGCUGUUGUAUCAGCAGUUAUUAGUAGUACAUCGAAUAAGGAUUUAUCAAUAUCGAAUCGAUUAGCACAUGAUCUUCAUCGUUUAAAUUUAUCUGAUGAUCAACACUCAAAAAAUUUAUCAAAAACUGAAGAAUCUCGUCUUCGUACUAGUUCCGGUGAACUCGCUCCAUCAUGGCCUUUAUUAUCUUCAUCGAAAUGGGAAAAUAAUAAAUCUUCCUCUCAACAACAAUCAGGCAAUAAAAGCAAAUUUUUUGAUGAUUUUUCAUUAAAUACUACUGAACAAUUACAAUCAAAUCGUUCUCAACAACGAUGGCCAUCAAAUACUCAUUCAACUCAAACAUCACGUCAUCAAGAUAAUCAUUUUAAUGAACAAGAAGAUGAUAAUAAUGGAUUACCUGUUCGUCAACCAUUUUUUUCAAAUGAUCGAAAUUAUUCUCAACAUUAUCAACAACAAAAUCGUUAUCAAAAUGGUAAUAUACAACAACAUCAACAAAGAUAUUUUUAUAAUAAUCGUCGUACACAAAUGAAUAAUCAACCACGACGUCCAGGUGAUGGUAAUAAUCGUGAAACAUUUAAUGAUAAUGGAAAUAUUUAUGAUGAUGAAUUUGAUUUUGAAACAAAUAAUCGUAAAUUUAAUAAAUUAACAAGUGAAGAUGAAUUUAAAGAACAAACAGAAUUACCAAAUCAAUUUUUACAUUCAAAAAAUGAUUCCAAUUCAACAAAUGAUUAUGAACCAAUAUAUGAUAAAAAAAAAUCAUUUUUUGAUCAUAUUAAUCUUGAUGAUACAUCUAAUGUAUCAGGACCUAUGUAUAAUCAUUUCAGAAAUCAAGAUACAUUUGGUAAUGAUAGAAAUCAACGUCAAAAAUAUCGUGGAAAUUUUAGUGGUGGUUAUAGACGAUCAAAUCCUAAUAAUUAUCGACAACAACAACAAAGAAAUGAUGAUUUUUAUUAUCGACAAAAUGAUAAUGGAUAUCAUUAUCGAAAUUGA